UACCCAAGUCAAUCAUUGGGCACACGACACGAUCCACUUGCAAUAACAAUGAUCUCAGCAAGAACAAGACGACGACUGCGCAAUAAUUCAAUGGAGAUCCGAUCCCUGCCGAGCAUCGCAUCACGGGCCCCUACCUCCGUCCCUUCUAUGUCAUGUCAAACCUCAUCCAGAUACCUACGAGCUUAAUGACAACAAAAUCAGUUCCUCUGAAAUCAUCAUCAUCAUCAUCAUCAUCAUCAUCUUCUUCUUCUUCUUCUUCUUCUUCUUCUUCUUUUUUUUCUUCUUCUUUAUUUCAAGAAAUGGCCAUGUCUGGUUUCUUCUCCGACCCGAUACUCUGCUUCACUGCCCUGUCCCUGCUACUGCUGUCAACAGUCUUCUUCGCCGCCAAAUCGUCGAACAAGAAUGGCAAGGAGAAGAAGAAGAAGUACCAUCCGGUUGCAGGGACGAUGUUCAACCAGCUCGUCAACUUCAACCGCCUUCACCACUACAUGACCGAUCUCGCCGCCAAGCACCGCACGUACAGGCUCCUCAGUCCCUUCAGGAACGAGGUUUACACCUCCGACCCGGCUAACGUCGAGUACAUCCUCAAGACCAACUCCGACAACUACGGCAAGGGAGGUUAUAAUCACAGCCUUCUGAGUGAUCUAUUAGGAGAUGGAAUUUUCACGGUGGAUGGUGAAAAGUGGCGCAAACAGAGGAAGAUAUCGAGCUACGAGUUCUCCACAAAGGUCUUGAGAGACUUCAGUAGUGCAGUCUUCCGAACAAAUGCUGCAAAACUAGCCAACAUUUUGUCCAAAGUCGCAGUUAAUAACCAAGUCGUGGAUAUGCAGGACUUGUUCAUGAAAUCGACCUUAGAUUCAAUAUUUAAAGUGGCUUUUGGAGUUGAGCUAGAUAGCAUGUGCGGAUCAAGUGAAGAGGGCACAAAAUUUGGCAAUGCUUUUGAUGAUGCAAGUUCGAUGACCCUUUGGAGAUACGUUGAUGUUUUCUGGAAGAUCAAGAAGUUUCUGAAUAUCGGGUCGGAGGCGAAGUUAAAGAAAAACACCAAGAUAAUCAAUACUUUCGUCUCUAAGCUGAUCAGAAGCAAGAUCGAGCAAAUGAACAACUCAAAGGAUGACCCUUCUAUGAAGAAAGAAGACAUUCUAUCGAGGUUUCUUCAUGCUAACGAGACGGAUGAGACAUACUUAAGGGACAUAAUUCUCAGCUUCAUUAUCGCGGGCAAAGACACCACUGCUGCGACGCUCUCAUGGUUUGUUGGCAUGCUCUGUAAGUAUCCACAUAUACAAGAAAAGGUUGCAGAAGAAGUGAAGAAAAUGGUCGACCUCAGGGACGUCACGAAUUUCGCUGACUUUACUUCGAGAUUGAAUGACGAAAGUUUAGAGAAGAUGCACUAUCUCCACGCAACCAUCACGGAAACUCUCCGACUCUACCCGGCAGUUCCAGUGGAUGCGAAGAUUUGCUUCGCUGAUGAUACUCUUACCGACGGGUUCAGCGUGAGAAGAGGGGAUUUAGUGGCAUAUCAAGCUUAUGCAAUGGGCAGGAUGAAAUUCAUAUGGGGCGAAGAUGCCGAGGAAUUUCAACCUGAUAGAUGGCUCGAUGAGGACGGACUAUUCCAGCCUGAGAGUCCUUUUAAGUUCACAGCCUUUCAGGCGGGUCCUCGCAUAUGUCUUGGGAAGGAAUUUGCGUACAGGCAAAUGAAGAUAUUCUCGGCGCUGUUGGUGGGAUGCUUCGUGUUCAAGCUGGCCGAUGAGAGGACUGUGAAUUACAGGACGAUGCUUAACCUUCACAUCGAUGGAGGCCUUCCUGUUAGGGUCUUCCCCAGGUUUAAGAUUUAAAAGCUGUAAUGAUAAACUUACAAGUAACUUAUAAAAAUACCAAAAUUGUAAGAUAAAAGACGGUCGAUUCGACUCCUGUGCUGACUUGUGCGUUAAGGUGUUAUCAGUUUGAGAAUUAUUAGGAAAUAACAUAACAUCAAUUUUAUAUCGUAUAAGAUCAAUCAUGGCAGUUCAUGUUUCAAAA